CUCCCACUGAAUUAGUGCGGCUUGCACUGUGUUGAAAGGGAUAAACACCCUUUUGCUCCUAAUUACCUGAAUCUAAUCCGGAUUCGGAUCAAAUUAACUGUGGGAGCUCUGAGCGAAUUUGGGGACAGAUCCCGUGAGAGUAUCCCGCAAACAUUCAGAUGGUGAUCUUAUGCGCAUUGAGCCUUGUCUCCGUGUAACGUGACUUCCGGUCUAGUCUAGCUAGCACAUCUGUGCGCUAACGGAGUUGUAUACCAAGCUGGUGGAGACGGUGCCAGUGACAACAAGGACGUUAUGAUUAACCAGCACAUCGGCUCAACGACAGCAAAGAACGCUAUGCAGAAACAAGCAAGUCAAGACAGUGAGAAAAGCACUAGUCAUGGAAGCGAGUCUUCAAAGCAGCUCUCAAGAGCAUCCUCCACAACAAGCGAGACACCUAAAUAUGAGGAAGAGAUUGUCCUUGCAGAUGACCAAAGGGCUGAACUCAGAGAAGCUUUCGGGCUGUUCGAGAAGGCAGGGAAAGGUAGAAUUAACGUCCGUGAUCUCGGGGCCCUGUUGAGGUCACUAGGAAUGAAUCCAUCAGAACGAGACCUGGAGGAGGCCAGGCAUGAACUGGAAAUCAGCGGGACCUUCUCCAGAGCACGAGGGACAGUGUCGUUUGCAGACGUGGAGCGCUAUAUUGCGAGGCGAGGCGGAGUGUUUUUAGGCUGUGAUGAGGAAGAAGAUAUUCACGCAGCCUUUCAAGUACUAGAUCGAAAUGGAAAUGGGCGGAUUGAUAUUGACGAGUUCCGGCAUUUUAUGACCACGAUGGGUGAGCGCAUGACUCCCGAGGAAGUAGAGGAACUACUUUCGGUGGCGAAAAAGGAUGGCGAGGCUUUCAUUGAAUACAAAGAUAUUGUGAGAGCCCUACAGAGUGCUAACACGUGAUAUCACCCCCUACAAACCUACUAAUCACAGGUCGCACUUUUCACUCACCGAGUUAACUCCUUUGGCCCGGACCGGAAACUGCCUUUGAAACGGAAGUAGUUUUGGUGUAGAUGGCGCUCCCAGCCUCGAAGUGGCGCAGGGACAGCGAGAAACAGGCGGGUCCUGACUGAGGAUAACUUGGCGUGACAUUUUCAUCAUUCCAGGGCACAAUGUGGUACACCUACGUUUAUGUCAAGACGUUUGUAUGAAGAUUUCAAGCAUUUUUCUUCCAAAGGAGGACUUGGCUUUGGUGUGAUCACGAUUUUUGCAAUACAUUAUAUUUCAUAUUUAUCUAUUUUUUUCACUUUUAACCAACUU